AUGUCGAAAGGCACGCCUUCGGGGCCACUUACCCCCACAAAUACCGCUACACCGAGUCUAGACGUGUUAAAGUAUUUUGAAAUAACUGUUAUCUCACUCGCCGCGGCGAUGGUUCUGGCUGCUUUUGGCCUCGUUAUAUACGUUGCGGGCCUCCGGGCAAAAUUAACAUACACAUCCCACGUGGGACAUUACCCAGAGGCAAGCCUCCGGGAGAUCGAAAACGCGCUUCAGAUAGAAGCUCAGCGCCUCCCAGGUCCCUGGGGCCCUCGUUUGCGGGCGUUUUUGGCCCGGCCUUGGGGAAUAAUGAUUCGCACCUUGGGUGCACUCCGGCUGCGGUGGCCCUUCUCUAAUGGGACAAUGAGGGAGACGAUAGCUCUCCAGCAGGUGGCACCGCCAGUCCCCACGGAGGAGGUACCCCCAAUCCCAGACGAGGAGGUGCCGCCAAUGCCGGAGGAGGAAAGGAGUGAGGAGGUGGUGGAGGAGGAGGUGGUGGAGGAGGAGGAGGGGAAUAGUCCUCUUAUGGGACCAAAGACAAUCGAGGAGCUUUUGGAGGAGGAGGGGCAGGCCUGGGGCCGAAGGGCAUAA